UUUUGGUUCCUUUAUUGUAUCAUUCUCCGUUUCCAAUGCUACUGUGGACUUCUUCCCUCUUUACAUUUCUUGAGUUACUUCAGAGGAUUUGCCUUUGAAGGCAAAGAAAGAACGCCGGAUUUCCGAUUUCCUGCGCCGCACGUGCGGUCCUGCGCCUCAGGAGUGCCCUCGCCGGCCGGUGACCCGGCAGAUGGUCGGGGUGUCGCCGUCAGCAGAGGAGGAAGAGGGAGAGGUGGCAGCAAGGUGGCGGCCCGGCGCCGCCCCCGUCCCCAUUCCCACCCCUACCCCACCCCCACCCCCCGGGCCCCGGCCGCGGCUUCCGCAGCCUCGCCCGCAGCGGCCCGUGCCCCCGCGCGCUCCUCGCCCUGCACGCCCGCCCGGCGACCCCGCUGCUUGGAGUCGCGCCCUCGAGAACCGCAGUGCCGAGCCUCCUAGGACCCGCGGGGAGCAGCGGCGAGAGGCGACUCCCAUGCGGCACCCGAGCGGAGGCCCCGGCCGCAGGAGCAGGUGAGGCAGCGCCAUGGGGCAGGCGGGCUGCAAGGGGCUCUCCCAGUCGCUGUUGGACUACAAGACCGAGAAAUAUGUCAUCGCCAAGAACAAGAAGGUGGGCCUGCUCUACCGGCUGCUGCAGGUCUCCAUCCUGACCUACCUGGUGGUGUGGGUGUUCCUGGUGAAGAAGGGUUACCAAGACACCGACACCUCCCUGCAGAGCAGUAUCAUCACGAAAGUCAAGGGCGUGACCUUCACCAACACCUCUGAGCUCGGAGAGCGACUUUGGGAUGUUGCCGACUACGUCAUCCCACCCCAGGGAGAGAACGUCUUCUUUGUCGUCACCAACUUGAUCGUGACCCCCAACCAGCAGCAGAAAACCUGUGCUGAGAGUGAAAGCAUUCCGGAUGCCUUGUGUUACAGAGACAGUGACUGCCCUCCUGGGGAGCCCGUUGUGGCUGGAAAUGGAGUGCGGACUGGCCGCUGCCUUCGGGUGGGGAACAUGCAAAGGGGCACCUGCGAGAUCUUCGCCUGGUGCCCAGUGGAGACAAAGUCCAGGCCAGCGAAGCCACUCCUGGGCAAGGCUGAAGACUUCACCAUUUACAUAAAGAACUUCAUCCGUUUCCCCAAAUUCAACUUCUCCAAGACCAAUGUGCUGGACACCAAAGACAAGGCUUUCCUGAAGUCCUGUCACUUUGGCCCCGAGAACCCCUACUGCCCCAUCUUCCGACUGGGGUCUGUGGUCAGCUGGACGGGGAGCAACUUCCAGGAGAUAGCCCUGCAGGGUGGUGUGAUAGGAAUUCAGAUUGAAUGGGAUUGUGAUCUUGAUAAAGCUCCUUCUGAAUGCAACCCUGGCUAUUCUUUUAGCCGUCUGGACAACAAAUUUUCAGAAAACUCAAUCUCCUCUGGGUACAACUUCAGGUUUGCCAAAUAUUACCGAGAUGGAGCUGGAGUGGAGUUCCGCACCCUCAUGAAGGCCUAUGGGAUCCGCUUUGAUGUGAUGGUGAAUGGCAAGGCAGGGAAGUUCAACAUCAUCCCCACAAUCAUCAACAUUGGCUCUGGGGUGGCGCUCAUGGGUGCUGGGGCUUUCUUCUGUGACUUGGUACUUAUCUACUUAAUCAAGAAGAGCCACUUUUACCGAGACAAGAAGUACGAGGAAGUGAGUGGCUGCAGAGCCUCGCUGCUCAGAGGUGUGGCCUGUGGACCAGCAGCAUCAGCAUCACCUGGGAGUUUGUUGGAACGGCAGUCUCUGCCCCCUCCGUCGUCCUCCGAAAUCAGAACCUGUGUUUCAACAAGACUUCGGGUGAUUUGUACGAACGUUCACGUGUGAGAGCACUGGUUAAGGAGAUACGCAGCGCCUGGUUCUGAGGGAGGAGAAGGCCAGCUUUGGCAGCCGCUGCGGAUUUCAGGUCAGACUUACACACAUUCUACUUUGAGAGCAAGAGGAUUCCACCCCACCCCCACCCCCGGGAAGGUGACAUUAUGCUCAAUGCAUUUAAAGUAAAAUAUUUUGACUAGAUAAUACUUAUAUGAUUCAAAAACCAAACAAAAGGUACAAAAGAAUAGACAGGGAAAAGCGUGCCUCCCACCCCUGUUCCCCAAGGCGACGUUACUGAUGCCAAGAAGCUCUACUGUUUUGCUGAGAAUCUGCUUGGUUGCUUGUGCCCUUGCUCAGGAAAUGAACUUUUCCUGAUGGCUGCAACGUCCCAUCAAGUCUCCUCUGUCAGGAAGGGACACGAUGGAAUACAGUGAAGUACCGGGCUAGCUCCCUUCUCCCUCUCCCACUGUCUGAGGAGUCCUCGUGUAAACCCAAGGGGAGAGACCUAUAGCUCAUCACUAACUGUUGUCUGGUCUGCUCGGUAGCAAAGGCCUGUGGGGCUGCCUGUGGCUCAGCAAGCUCCAUGGUUGGUUUGCACAGCUCCCCGGAUGCUAAGGAGUGAAGGCUUUGGUUCUCCUCUGCACACAGAGGAGGCGGGAAGCAUCCUUCCACCGACCAGGGCCUUUGGAGAGGGACAGAGGGGCUUGCAAAAGGCUUUGCCACUGGAGCAGGGCAUGGUCCCCGAAACGGGAAGCUUGCUCCUUCUGGAGCAAGUGGCUCCUUCACUCUGGACUGGUAACCUGUCAACAACCCACCUGCUCUCUGAAUAGAAAGUGAAAAAUCUGGGUGAUCUACUAUGGUGUUUCACUUCCUCACUAAAGCAAACCCUAGGAUUUGAUAUACUUUUACAUUUGGGAGGAAGCAGAAAGGGCAGGGGUCAUGACUGCUUAGGAGUUGGUCUGGUUUCUUUUAGCCUGUUUUUGGAAUUGCUUUGCGGCAGCCAUAUAACCUGGGGGAAAUUGUACUAUUCGUUUUACACUGGAAUGAAAAUGUCUCCCUACAGUUUUCAUUCAGUUGGUAAAUAUUUAUUGAGUACCUGUUGUCAGGUGAUGGACUAAAUCUGGUAACAGUUGUGAGAAACACAGAAACUGUCCCUGCCCAAGUGCUUACAGUCUAGGAGGUGAGCCUUAAUCAGUGGUCACACAUAGAAUCACAGACUGAAUUUUCAGUGGAGUAGCCAGAGGUUUCCCCUAGGACGUGACAUAUAAGCCGAAAUCUGAAAGCAGUCUAGUUGAUGGGGGAAGCGUUCCAGGUAAGGGAACCACAUGUGUAAAAUAAAUGCUUUGACAUGAGGAGUAAUUGAGGAGCUGGAUGGAGAUAGUGUGACUGAAGCUGGUUUUAUGAGGCUUUCUUUCCAUCAACUCUCUUUAAUCUUAAGGGCUGCCCCAUUAAACUUCACUGCCACAGAGGACCUAACCUAAUGGUUUCAAGUCCAGCCAAGCUUUCCAGGUGGCCUCCCCUACAUGUCAUGGGUCUUGUGCUCAGAAAAGCCAGUGACCCCAUUACAGCUUCUGGAUAGUGUUGCACACUGCCAGUUUCCUUGCUUUUGCACAGCUCCCCGCUACCCCCUCUUUCUUUGCAUAAUCUUGGUGCAUGAAUGGGAGGUUCAUAAAUCUUACAGAAACUGGCUUUGAAAUGGCAAGUGAAGUGGGAACUCGAGCUCCGUUUGGGAGAGUCCCUUUCUCUCAGGACACCAGUUGCCUCACCAGGUAGAUGAGCACGCCAGCCUCUACAGAGCUCCUGUCCGUGCUGACAUUACAGGAUCACCUGAACCAUCGCCUAUGCUUACAUUCAGGCCGUGGCCUAAAGCCAUCUACCUAGUAGUUUCCUAAUGAUUAAUUCCAUGCCUUGGGAGUGCCAUGAUGCUGGCUAACGGGAUUUGAAAACUGGGUGCUACCAACGUGCCAUCAAGAGGUCGAGCCAUGAAAGAGCUAAGCGCCCUCUACUCCUGAUGCAGGGGUCACCAGGACUGACCAGUCAUGGCUGCCUUUUUGCCACCAUCCCAUCAGCUCUUUCUCCGUGGCUUGCUGCCCUACUGGGGGACCAGUUGUAAAGGGGGAACAGGACUUCCUCCAGGUGUCUAAGCACCCCAGCUGUGGACGACAGUGCCCUGCAGAGUCCCUAAAUCACCCCACUUGGAAUGGCAUCUUGCAUGUCCGGAAAAGGGCUCCACCUGGUUGCUACCCACUCCCCUCCACCCAAAUGACACAACUUUUCUCAGAGCAUACUCUCCAGUGGACCCAAGAGCACCGUCUCCAAAAGGCACACCUUUCUCCCGGCUCUUUGUUUCCCCUUAGGCCAGUGCACAGAAUUAAAGGAGGAAAGAUGGCAGCCAAUAUCUGAGACCUGCCCCAUAAAUGUAUUCUGAUAUUUUUAUUUGGUUAUAAAAUAAAAAGUUUUAACUGUAAA